AUGCUCGCCAGCGACUUUCCCCAAUAUAUGUCCACAAGCCUAGAUGAUGCCAGUCAAAAGCAUGAUUCAGAUAGGGAGGAAGACUUGGACACACCCGCAAGAGCUUCCCUCUCAUCCAAGUUUCAUGCAAAUUCAGGUUCGCCUAAGUUAUCAAUCUCCGGUCCCGGGGUUGAAGCCCCAUAUUCCGUCCCAACGAGCGAGGGAGCUCUAGUCAACCUCACUCGAAGUUGCACAAAUUCGGGCAACACCAUACCCCACGACGAUCAGGCUGAUCCCAGUGGAUUUGCAGAUGAAUCCUACGAUCUAUGCCACGAAACAUCGCGUCUGUUGGACUUCUCACUAAAGGGGGCUGAUGAACCAGCUAAGAAGCUUGCGGAAGCUGUACGGACAAUUCUCGAAUGCGUGGGAGAAGACACGGAGAGAGAAGGAUUACGUGCAACUCCAGAACGGUACGCUAGAGCCAUGCUUUACUUCACCAAAGGAUACUCAGAGAGUGUCGGGGAUCUGCUCAAUGGGGCUGUUUUUCAUGAAAACUACGACGAAAUCAUUAUCACAAGUCAGAUGCACAUAGGCUACAUCCCAAACGGCCGCGUACUUGGUUUGUCCAAAUUAGCCCGUUUGGCUGAGAUGUUCUCUCGCAGACUUCAGAUUCAAGAACGUCUGACCAAGCAGGUAGCUAUGGCCAUUCAUAACGCUCUCAAACCACGAGGUGUUGGGGUCAUUAUGGAGUCCUCCCAUCUGUGCAUAGUGAUGCGUGGCGUUCAAAAGGCCGCAAGUACUACAACCACUAGCUACAUGGUUGGCUGCCUGCAGUCGAGCGCAGAAACCAGAGGGGAAUUCCUGGCCCUCCUGGAUCGGCAGUAG